CAGGCCCCUUGUGCAGCCCAGUGGCCCUGGUUAAGGUCCAGCUGGGCCCCAAAACACAUGACAGAGGCUGGACUAGCUCCUUCCUGCAGCCUCUGCUCUUGGGGUUCUGUACUUUCCUGCCCCAAUAGGCCAUGGGUGGUAGGGGCAGCUGUCCCGUCUCCCUGGGGCUGCCCGGGGUGAAGGUGACAGGUGGGGGAGGCAGGUGGAGAAUUGGGCCAGUGAGCUCAUGGCAAAAGCACCCAGCCGGGCGGGGGUGGGUGCUCUGUCCUAUAAAGCCCCUGCAGCUCCGCAGCCCACAGAGUGGGACGGCACCAUGGAGGGCUCCGAGGCAGUGCAGAAGGCCACAGCGCUCAUCGAGCAGCGGCUGGCGCAGGAGGAGGAGAGCGAGAAGCUCCGAGGAACUGCCCACCAGAAGUUACCCAUGGACAUGCUGGUGUUAGAGGAUGAGAAGCACCAAGAAGCUAACAGUCAGGCAUUACAAAAGGUCAAGGGCCAAGAGCGAGUGCGCAAGACAUCCCUGGACCUGCGGCGGGAGAUUAUUGACGUGGGCGGGAUCCAGAACCUUAUCAAACUUCGGAAAAAACGGAAGCAGAAGAAGCGGGAAGCCCUGGCCGGCCCCCAGGAGCCACCUCCAGAGCCUGAGGAGAUUACUGGCCCCAUAGAUGAGGAGAGAUUCCUGAAAGCAGCGGUGGAGGGGAAAAUGAAGGUCAUUGAGAAGUUCCUGGCAGACGGGGGUUCAGCUGACACCUGUGAUCAGUUCCGCCGAACAGCACUGCACAGAUCCUCCUUGGAAGGACACAUGGAAAUCCUGGAGAAGCUUCUGGAGAGUGGGGCCACUGUGGACUUCCAGGACAGGCUGGACUGCACAGCCAUGCAUUGGGCCUGCCGUGGGGGCCACUUGGAAGUCGUGAAACUCCUGCAAAGCCGGGGAGCCAAUACCGAUGUGAGGGAUAAGCUGCUGAGCACCCCUCUGCACGUGGCAGUCCGGACGGGGCACGUGGAGAUCGUGGAACACUUUCUAUCCCUGGGCCUGGACAUCAAUGCCAAAGACAGAGAAGGGGACACUGCCCUGCACGAUGCUGUGAGGCUCAACCGCUACAAAAUCAUCAAACUGCUGCUCCUGCAUGGGGCUGACAUGAUGACCAAGAACCUGGCAGGAAAGACCCCCACGGACCUGGUGCAGCUGUGGCAGGCUGACACCCGGAAUGCCCUGGAGCACCCCGAACAGGGGUUGGAGCAGAACGGACUGGAGGGUCCUGCCGAGAGUGGGCGGGAGACCCCCCAGCCUGUGCCAGUGCAGUAAAGGUCUGUCCAGCCCCUCCCCUGCCUGCAGGCGGAUGAUCACGGUCCCCAGAGCCAGCUCAGAAUUAACUCUGAGGGCCCAGCCGUUCCACUGCUUAAGUGGCAUUUCUUCUUUGACCCGAGAGCCCUCAGCAAGCAACUGCAAUAAAAAAGUCAUUUUUGCUAUUGGUGACAUUUGUUUCCAUUUGUGUCAGAAAUACUUAGGAAGGCAGGAAGAAUGAGGGCAAGGGUGGGCUGCAGCGAGGGAGACUUGUAGCCCUUGGCUCCCCUGAGCCGGUGCGGCUUCCUCUGCCACACAG